AUGCUGCGCUCGCCUGUCACGCUCUCGCCAGAGCGAACCGCCUCGCGCUCCCCAGUCCCCCCGCGUCACUCCUUUGAUGACGAAUUCGACCGCCCAGGCUCCUCUGGAAGUGAUGCCUCCUCGGUGAUCUCGAAUGCGACGGCCAUCUCAGCAUUCCAAACGACCCGCUACAACCCCGGGACCUCCUCCCCUCGACCGACUCUCCGCUCACCUCUCCCUUCCAACAACGGCAUUUCCGGCCUCGUGAUACCCCCCGCGCGUUCGCCCACCUCCUUCAUGCCGCAUCAUGACUCUAGCAGAAAGCCGUCGGGGCGAGUCCACCCGUCGGAUCUGCAUAAGCGCUCACGUCACCACUCGCAGGGGUUCUUCGAGCCCUCUCUACCAACCGCAUCGACAACCGACGCCACGCUCUCAGCCUCAAGGAUCGCUGCCCAGGCGGCUAUGCUGAGCCAGCAGCAUUCUGCUGUACAACAACCCUCUAAACGAACAGUGCAUGGACACGGCUCAGACGAUGGCUCGGUCUCACCCCCUCCGCCGCCGCCCACAACUUCGCAAAUACCGCCAAGACCAGGAUCUUCCACGGGUCAGCAUCUACAGAAUACGGGGCAAGGUGUAGGCCAGGCUGCUGCAACAACGGCAGCAAACCAUGUCUUUCCGCGGAUGCCGCCGCCGGGAAUGGAACAUGCGCUCCCUGAGCGGGAGCACAGGCACAAAGGCGAGAAGUCCAAGAUGAAGCUCUUUUCAAAGCCCAAGCAUAUUGUUAUUGGUCGCGAUAAAGAUGUGAAGGACAAGGCGCUUCCGUCGCCGAACAAGAUGGGUGGACUAACUCGGAUCGUCAGUGCUUCUACGACCAGCCUGGCAGACACGUUUCCUUCAAAUAACUCGUCUAUGUACAGCUUGUCGAAUGCUUCAGCGAGCACCGUUGUACCGGCUGAUAAACCCCCAGCGGUCCCUGAGAAAGACAAGGAGAAGGAGAAGGAUAAGGACAAGGCACAUCGACAUCAUCAUUUCUUAUCGCGACAGAAAUUGAAAUUGAAAGAUCUGAAGGAUAGAGACGACCAUUUUAACCUCCCCCUCUCGUCUGCGUCAAGCAAUUCCAGACCGUCAGAUCCAAAUGCUCCUCAGUCCCUCUACUCCUUUACACCGGCGUCUCCGAGUGCCACGACCACUACCUUUGGCAAGUCGGUAGGAGGGCUGGAUCUCCUUCACGGUGGACGAGCGCUUCGCGACAAGAAGAGGGAAGAAAAGGCGCUUGCAGAAACCGAGCCACCUGAAUGGCUGGUAAAUUCGACGAUGGCCGGUGCAGCAUCAGGAGGAUUUGCGGGUCCCUCAUCGCUUGGAAGCACGGGAGGCAUCCUCGCUGAAGCCGCCCUGCGCGAGACCUUACAAGGCUUUGGUCUCCACAAUAUGAGCCAUGAAGACGCAUGGGACUUUCUAAAGGCAAAGCUCUUAGUCAUCUUUGACGGCGAGAACGUGCGCAUUGCGAUCGAAGACCUCAAUAAGCUUGUUCUCAUCCAUAUUCAGCGCUGCGUGCAGAGACGUACGCCGACGGCUAUUGUUGACGAUUUGCGGGAGCUUCUUGAGGCCGGAUUUGCGACAUUGAACCAUACACUGAAUGGCGUUCCUGAUGAAAAAUUGGUUCCUCAUCUUGUGCAAAUCUGGAUGCUAGUGUUUGGGACUAUACUUCCAUUCAUCCAGGCUGUUUUCCUGCCCCUCGACCUCGAAUUCAAAGGAUGCGGGUCAGUGAUGAACUCUCGAGAAGCCAAAGAAUUCUGGAGUGUCGCUUUGGAAGGAGAAUACUGCGGGUGCGACCUCGAAGUUCGCAACCUCGUCCUCAUCGCAUUCCGCGACAUGGUCAUUAUGGCGCGCUACGACAGCCUCAAGGCUACUUUUUCCCGGCUCAGCCUCGACAACAUCAAACUUGGGACAUCCGCCUUAAGCGUAACAACAAAAAGCAGCAGCAACAGCGGUCGCCCCGCAACUGCUGCGUCACUUGAUGGCGGCUUCAGCAGCUACGGCUCGCAAUCCUCGACUCUCCUCAACACAGCCGGCAGUUACUCCUCCGACUCCCUAGGCUAUAACCGUAGCCGGGCAGCGUCCAACACAUCCUCAAACCCAGACCAGCUCAUCUUCCAAUCCUUCUCAUCUCCCACACAGCGGCCAACCAUCAUCCACCGUGCAAACACCGCUGAUACGUCGCAAGUCAUUACCGAGACAGUCGGCCGGAUGCUGCAAUGCGUGAGUGUCCUCGCAAGCGUCCAGACAAACGACGACUCGCAGGACAAAAUCGAGACGCUAAGCAAGGAUCUCAAACACAACUGGCUUGGUCGGGGUCGCACAGGCCGGGAUAGACGCGGGUUCGUCGGAACCAAGAUUCGCCCACCAAUUGUCACGAGAGCGGAUAGUGACGAGUCUGUGAAGGACGCCACCGCUGCCUUGGAUGGGUUGAAUCUCCAGCGUCAGGAAUUGAGCGUCUCAUAG